UAUGGUUUCUGUAACCGCUCUGGCCCUCGGUUAUUCCUCUCUAUGGUUUAUGUAACCGCUCUGGCCCUCGGUUAUCCCUCUCGCUGGUUUCGGAGACGCUCUGUCCGCUCGCUUCCCGUCUCGCUGGUUCCCGUAUUUCCGGUCCCUGGUACUCGGCCUGUUGCUGUCUGGUUUCGCGCCUGUCGCUCUCCGGAUUAUCGCGACAGGGAGCUCGGCGAGCGGCACGAUGUCCUAUAACUACGUAGUGACCGCUCAGAAACCCACCGCCGUCAAUGCCUGCGUGACAGGACACUUCACAUCUGAAGAUGACUUAAAUCUUCUCAUUGCCAAGAACACACGGCUGGAAAUAUAUGUAGUAACCCCCGAGGGACUGCGACCUGUAAAAGAAGUUGGGAUGUAUGGGAAGAUUGCGGUCAUGGAGCUUUUUAGACCCAAGGGAGAGAGCAAAGACCUGCUGUUUGUGCUGACAGCCAAAUAUAACGCUUGUAUCUUGGAAUACAAACAGACUGGAGACAGCAUCGAUAUCAUCACCAGAGCACAUGGCAAUGUACAGGAUCGCAUUGGUCGCCCAUCUGAAACAGGCAUCAUUGGUAUUAUUGACCCAGACUGCCGCAUGAUUGGGCUGCGUCUUUAUGAUGGACUGUUCAAAGUGAUUCCUCUGGAGAGAGAGAACAAAGAGCUGAAGGCCUUUAACAUCCGUUUGGAGGAGCUGCAUGUCAUUGAUGUUAAGUUCCUGUAUAGUUGCCAAGCUCCCACGAUCUGUUUUGUAUAUCAGGACCCCCAAGGACGCCAUGUUAAAACCUAUGAAGUCUCCCUGAGGGAGAAGGAGUUCAGUAAAGGGCCUUGGAAACAAGAAAACGUGGAGGCUGAAGCAUCUAUGGUGAUUGCAGUCCCAGAGCCUUUUGGAGGAGCAAUUAUCAUUGGUCAGGAAUCCAUUACCUACCACAAUGGGGAAAAAUACCUUGCAAUAGCCCCUCCAAUUAUCAAGCAAAGUACCAUUGUUUGCCAUAACCGGGUUGAUGUGAAUGGGUCACGUUAUCUGCUGGGGGACAUCGAGGGCCGGCUAUUCAUGCUUUUGUUGGAGAAAGAGGAGCAGAUGGAUGGGACCGUUACUCUGAAAGAUCUUCGAGUAGAGCUGCUUGGGGAGACUUCCAUCUCUGAAUGUCUAACAUACCUUGAUAAUGGAGUAGUGUUUGUGGGUUCAAGGCUUGGAGACUCUCAGCUAGUGAAGCUUACUGCUGAAAGCAAUGAACAGGGCUCCUAUGUGAUGGCUAUGGAAACCUUCACUAACCUGGGCCCCAUUGUAGACAUGUGUGUGGUGGAUCUGGAAAGACAGGGGCAAGGGCAGCUGGUGACCUGUUCUGGGGCAUUUAAAGAGGGUUCUCUACGAAUCAUUAGGAAUGGCAUUGGAAUCCAUGAGCAUGCCAGCAUUGACUUACCAGGCAUUAAAGGUCUCUGGCCUCUACGAGUGGCAGCCAACCGUGAGACCGAUGACACUCUUGUUUUGUCGUUUGUUGGACAGACUAGAGUCCUGACGCUUUCAGGGGAAGAAGUGGAAGAGACAGACCUUGCUGGUUUUGUAGAUGAUCAACAGACAUUUUUCUGUGGAAAUGUGGCCCAUCAGCAGCUCAUUCAGAUCACAUCAGCCUCCGUAAGACUUGUAUCCCAGGACCCUCAAAGCUUAGUGAGUGAGUGGAAAGAGCCACAAGGACGAAAGGUCAGCGUCUGCUCCUGCAACAGCCGCCAGGUGCUACUUGCUGUGGGGAGAGUACUCUAUUACUUGGAAAUUCACCCUGGGGAGCUGAGACAGAUGGGCUGCACUGAGAUGGAACAUGAAGUUGCCUGUUUAGAUGUCACCCCACUGGCAGGCGGCGAUGCCCUGUCUACUUUGUGCGCCAUUGGCCUCUGGACUGACAUCUCUGCACGAAUCCUGAGCCUUCCAAGCUUCCAGCUGCUGCAUAAGGAGAUGCUGGGUGGAGAGAUCAUCCCUCGUUCAAUCCUUAUGACGUCAUUUGAGAGCAGUCACUACCUGCUGUGUGCGCUCGGAGAUGGUGCUCUCUUCUAUUUUGGUCUCAAUACAGAAACAGGUCUUCUAAGUGACAGAAAGAAGGUGACUCUGGGAACACAACCCACUGUGCUUAGGACGUUUCGCUCUCUGUCCACAACCAAUGUUUUUGCCUGUUCUGAUCGACCCACAGUUAUCUACAGCAGCAACCACAAGCUGGUCUUCUCCAAUGUCAACCUGAAAGAGGUCAAUUAUAUGUGUCCAUUAAACUCUGAGGGUUACCCAGACAGCUUGGCUUUGGCAAAUAACAGCACCUUAACUAUUGGAACAAUUGAUGAAAUCCAGAAGCUUCACAUCCGCACAGUGCCGCUUUUCGAGUCUCCAAGGAAAAUCUGCUACCAAGAAGUUUCCCAGUGCUUUGGAGUGCUGUCCAGUCGUACUGAGGUACAAGAUGCAAGUGGAGGUAGCUCUCCUCUCCGGCCUAGUGCCAGCACACAGGCACUUUCUAGUAGUGUGAGCUGCAGUAAGUUGUUCUCUGGGAGCACAUCUCCCCAUGAAACUUCAUUUGGCGAAGAAGUUGAAGUUCACAAUCUGCUCAUCAUUGAUCAGCACACGUUUGAGGUCUUGCACACACAUCAGUUCCUGCAGAAUGAAUACACUCUGAGUUUGGUGUCCUGCAAGCUCGGGAAGGAUCCAAACACGUACUUUCUGGUGGGAACGGCCAUGGUUUACCCAGAUGAGGCAGAGCCAAAACAAGGAAGAAUUGUAGUUUUCCAGUACUGUGAUGGUAAGCUGCAGACUGUGGCUGAGAAAGAAGUUAAGGGAGCAGUGUACUCUAUGGUAGAGUUUAACGGGAAACUGCUGGCCAGCAUCAACAGCACGGUGCGACUGUACGAAUGGACGGCUGAAAAAGAGCUGCGCACAGAAUGCAAUCACUACAACAAUAUCAUGGCGCUCUAUCUGAAAACUAAGGGUGACUUCAUUUUGGUGGGAGACCUGAUGCGCUCUGUGUUGCUGCUUGCGUAUAAGCCAAUGGAAGGAAAUUUUGAAGAGAUUGCACGAGAUUUUAACCCAAACUGGAUGAGUGCCGUGGAGAUUUUAGAUGAUGAUAACUUCCUGGGAGCUGAGAAUGCAUUUAAUUUAUUUGUAUGUCAGAAAGACAGUGCUGCUACGACAGAUGAGGAGCGCCAACACCUGCAGGAGGUUGGACUCUUCCACUUGGGGGAAUUUGUGAACGUUUUCUGCCAUGGAUCCCUAGUGAUGCAAAAUAUUGGGGAGACCUCUCCCCCUACCCAGGGUUCAGUUCUCUUUGGGACUGUUAACGGCAUGAUUGGGCUUGUGACUUCGGUCUCCGAGAGCUGGUACAACCUCCUCCUAGAUGUGCAGAACAGACUUAACAAAGUUAUCAAAAGUGUUGGCAAAAUAGAACACUCUUUCUGGAGGUCAUUUCACACAGAAAGAAAGACAGAAUCAGCCACUGGAUUUAUUGAUGGAGAUCUGAUUGAAAGUUUUCUAGACAUCAGCCGACCAAAGAUGCAAGAGGUGGUAGCAAAUCUACAGAUUGAUGAUGGUAGCGGGAUGAAGAGGGAAACCACCGUUGACGACUUGAUAAAGAUAGUUGAAGAGUUAACAAGGAUUCACUGAUUUUCAGUUGCUUGCUACUCCUUUUGGCUUGGCCUUCCAAAACCUUGUACUGAGGGAAGCUACCUCCCUUACGGGACCUUUUGCCAAUGAGGCUGAUUGUAUUACUCACAGCCCAAAGGGACGGUGUUAUCUGCAUUGCUGACCUUCGGGCUCUCAAACCUCAAUGAAUUCUUAUCCCUCCCGCAAGCACUAAUGUAUGGUUGUACAAGUUACCCUUGCCAGACUCCCCUGCUGUCACCCUAUAGUCCUAACUGUAUUUUAUUUUUCAUUAAGAAAUAUUGUGAAUAAGUGGUCUCUAUAGGGGACUUUCUUUAUAGCAAGUGGGGGUGGUUUAUGACAUUGUAAAGCAUUCACGGAUAAGGACCACGUGAUUUGUAAUUGUGUUUUUUUCCCAGACCUCCCUUUAUAAAAGGGAAAUAGGAAACUUUAUUUUCUGAAGUUUUAGGAAAUAAAUUAGACUGGAAAUGAAAAUCCCAUAGCUUUUUACUGUCAGACUUUGUGGUGCAUAGGAAAAGCCCUGUGACAAUGACGUGUCUACUUCCUGUAAUGUGAUGUUACAUUAUAUAUCGCUGACCGCAUAAUCUCUACAACAUGCACACUCUCAUCACCAAAUGUCCAUUAAAUAUUUGAGUUGUUUGGAGACCACCCUAGUAUUCACUAAAGUCAAUCGUGCUGCAAUAUCCCUUGGUUUUGCCCCUGAAUGAGGGGUCUUUACUUCAGAAGUUCAGCUCUUACAGAGUUCAAUAUUCAACAAACCGUAGAUUUUAAAAAGGCGUUUGCUUUAGUUGUAGAGGCUAAAGAUUUCAAUUGUUCUUUGGAAAUUGGGGGAAAAAUGCCCAACAAUGCAAUCUUGGUUGCAUGGCAAUUUUCAGACUCUUACUCACUACCCCUGCAAAUAAAUCUGGUUCUGUGUCGUAAUA